AUGAUGAAGACGGUGGCGAUGAUGAUGAUGAAUGGCCCGGCAGCUCGUGCAGGCACCGGGGUCUCGCCACCAUUAUGUUUACUGCUGUGCGCUCUCGUCUUUCUCCCGCUGUGCGCUCACUCGCACCCUCAGCCGUGCCAGGUGCUGAAACGGAUCGGCCACACGGUUCGGCUCGGGGCUCUGCACGUGCAGCCUCGCUUGCUCUCCGCCACCGCGGGGAGCGGUACUGAGGACUGGGACAGCGUCAGGGGUUUGACAGGGAGCGGAGACCGGCGGGUGGAGUUGGAAAAGCAGGUGAAAACAAGUGGUGCGCCUGGAUAUGCGAGUCUCAGGACUAGAGGCGGCGUUAACAGCCAGCGGGGAACCAGCAAGAAUAAGAGCCAAGCGCGGCAGAGGGAGGAGAACACCUCGAGGGAGAACCGCGUGUUCGCACCCCGAGAGUCGGUCCUGCUCGCGGUCGAGUCCCUCAACCGGGCCGGAUUGCUGCCAUUUAAUUUGACCCUGGAGCUCGUCAUGGCUGUAGGGUCCGGACUCGGCGAGCUGCCCGCGUUCUCCUCCUCCUCUACGGGCAGCCCUGAUAGCGAGGACCCGCUCUCCUUCUUGGAGAGCGUGUGUCACACUGUGAUCGUGCAGGGGGUUUCCGCCAUGAUCGCCUUUCCACGGAACCGGGACGACUUUGUCAAGUUGGAGUUCGUCUCACUUGCGCUUCAGGUGCCAGUGGUGAGCGUUGUGCAGAGGGAGUUUACGCGCCACAGCGAGAAUCCUCUCCAUUUCCAAGUGGCAAUGCGGACCACGGAGGCCCCGCCAUCCCGUCUCCUCUCUACCCUGCUGAUGAUGAAUGGCUGGUGGGACAUCAGUAUUCUUCUCUGUCAGGAAUGGGACAUUAGCGACUUUCUCCUCCUCAUCAAAAACAACACCCGCUUUCAACUGGGCACUCUUGUCAAUCUGACAAGUACCACCUCAACCUUGUCAUCAUCUUCAUCAUCGCACUCAGGAGCGGAGGCAUCAUCAUUGUCAUCGUCUUUGCCUUACUUCUCCCCCGCUGCCUCAUCCCCUGCUUCUUCGUCUACUUCAUCCUCUAAAUCAGACCAGCAGCAAGCUCUCAUGAGGCAGCUGGAGGCCCUAAGAGAGCAUUCAUCCACAAAGGGAGUGGUGACAUUCGGAUGUGAGAUCCGGGAGGUGCGGCGUCUGUGGACACUGGCUAGUCGAAUGACGCUCCCUGACUUUCACUGGGUUUUGGGGGACAGCCAGAAUGUGGCUGAGCUAAGAACAGAGGGGUUGCCGUUGGGGCUACUGGCACACGGGGUCAUGGGGUCCCCUUCUAUGGAUCACUAUGUACACGACUCAGUGGAGGUGGUGGCGAGGGCAGUAGGCAGUGCAGCCCAAGAGAAUCCUGCGCUGGCACUCAUACCUGGGACUACUAACUGUAUGGAUGUACAACAGAGCAACGGCAGCUCGGGAGAAUACUUGUCAAGAUUUCUAUCCAACACAUCAUUUGAGGGCCAGAGCGGUUUUAUAUCCAGAGAUGCUCGCAGCCAGAAUGUCAUCUCAGAGGCCCAUCACUACAUCUGGUCCCUCCAGCUGGACCCUCUAGGCCAGCCAACCUGGACCCGCAUGGGUCGCUGGCGCAGGGGGAAAGUUCUGAUGGACCAGAGGGCCUGGCCAAGCCAUCAGGGAUCUGGGGGCGGAGGCGACUGGCGCCGAUCCACGCGGCUGCACAUGCGGGUGGUGACGCUGGUGGAGCACCCGUUUGUAUUUACCCGAGAGGUGGACGGGGACGGGUUGUGUCCCGCAGGCCAGUUGUGCCUCGACCCACUCACCAAUGAAACUUCGGUUUUGAAAGAAUUCUUCCAGAACCUUUCGGGACGUAACGGAUCUGUUCCCACAGAGCUGAAGAAGUGUUGUUAUGGAUACUGCAUAGACCUGCUGGAGAAGCUGGCGGAGGAUAUGGGCUUUACGUUUGACCUCUAUAUUGUGGGUGAUGGGAAAUAUGGCGGGUUCAAGAAUGGUCGCUGGACAGGAUUGGUGGGGGAUCUGCUCAGCGGUGCUGCCCACCUGGCAGUCACAUCUUUUAGCAUUAAUUCGGCCAGAAGCCAAGUCAUUGACUUCACCUCACCCUUCUUCUCCACCAGCCUGGGAAUUCUGGUUCGUACUCGCGACACAGCUGCACCCAUCGGUGCCUUCAUGUGGCCACUCCACUGGUCAAUGUGGCUCGGCAUCUUCGUCUCCCUGCAUGUCACUGCCAUCUUCCUCACCCUGUACGAGUGGCACAGUCCAUUUGGUAUGACGCCACGUGGACGCAACCGUGACCGCGUGUUCUCCUUCUCCUCUGCGCUCAACGUGUGCUACGCUAUUCUCUUCGGGAGGACGGUAGCCAUCAAGCCGCCAAAGUGCUGGACAGGCCGCCUGCUGAUGAACCUCUGGGCCAUCUUCUGUCUGUUCUGUCUGUCCACCUACACCGCUAACCUUGCUGCUGUCAUGGUCGGGGAGAAGACCUACGAACAACUGUCAGGGAUACACGACCCAAAGUUGCACCAUCCCUCUCAGGGAUUCCGAUUUGCCACAGUGAGAGAAAGCAGCGCCGAGGACUACGUCAAAAAGAGUUUCCCUGAGAUGCAUGAGUACAUGAGAAGAUAUAAUGUCCCAGCGACUCCAGAUGGCAUACAUCAACUCAAGGCUGACCCUCAGAGACUGGAUGCAUUCAUCAUGGACAAAGCUCUGCUGGACUAUGAGGUCUCCAUAGAUGCAGACUGUAAAACACUAACAGUCGGGAAACCCUUUGCUAUAGAAGGCUAUGGCAUUGGCCUCCCUCAGAACUCUCCUCUCACCUCCAACAUCUCCGAGCUUGUUAGUCAGUACAAGUCAGAUGGCUUCAUGGACAUGCUGCAUGACAAGUGGUACAAGGUUGUGCCCUGCGGGAAGCGCAGCUUCGCUGUCACUGAGACGCUGCAGAUGGGCAUAAAGCAUUUCUCCGGUCUGUUUGUGAUGCUCUGUGUGGGCGUGGCCUUAUCUCUGCUGACCACAAUAGCAGAACACAUUGUGUACAAGCUGGUGAUCCCGAGGGUCAAGGAGCCACGCUUCAAAUACUGGCUGCACACGAGCCAGAGAUUACAUCGGGCCCUCAACUCAGUCUUCAAUGAUGACAAACUGCCGACUGUUACCAAGCCUGAAAAGAGGUGCAAUGAGGGGAACAACCAGUCAGCGUCUUGGAAUCCUGCAGAGUCUUCUCACUCCAACAGACGAAGGGUCCUUCCACAAGAUAUGCAGAAUGACCUGGAACGCCCAUCCUCCCAGGAGCUUCCUCCACCACCACCUCCCUCCCCCCUGCCUCACCCUCAUUCUCUUCCCCUACUAGAGAAACACCUGCCCAUAGUGACCAAUUCUAACGGUCGCUCCGACUUGUCAGGGCGGGGAUUGGGCCAAGGACUGGGGUCAGGACAGGGGGGCUCCUUGCAGGGCAUGACGCCGGGAUCGUGCCGGGGUUUGGGUGUGGGCGAUUGUGGCCCCGGGCUGGGCGUGGGCCGGAACCCUCUGGUUCAGGAGCUGUCAGAACUGGAGGGUCAAAUCCUCGUAAUCAAGCAGCAGUUGCAGUCAGCCAUGAGGAGGAAGCGAGAGCUAGAACAGUACCAAUCAGAAAACCAGCAAGCGAAUCAGACUGCACCCAGUCAGCCCACUACGCACCAGUCUAACCAGUUUGCUCAGUAUACCCAGUCCCACCAGCAGACUAACCAACACACAAACAAGCUCCCGGAGUUCUGA